UUAAUGCCAUUGUUGCAGCUCACCGCUCUCCACGGGGUUGGGUCGAAUGCGAAGAUGUAAUUUCAUCAGUGUGUAAUGACGGCUAAAUCGGACUUUAAAAAGAAGCGAUAUAUUAUUUAUUCACUUUUUUAGCUUGCUCAAUUAAUUGUUUUCUUUCCUUGCAAAAUCAUCUAAGUGGGUGGGAUUUUAUCAGAAGAGUGAGAGUCAGAGACGGGAAGCUCAGUGCCCCUGAGCAAAGAGCAGAAGUCCACAUCCACAAUCUGCUGUGUUCAUUUAUCGCUGCACUCCAGACUGAAUCCAGCCUGUCGGGGAGUCUAAAGAGCUAGAGACCUUACGGAGAUUUCGGAGUGUCAAGACUAAAAGAUGCUUAUAGCCAUCGUCCUGCUCCUGGUUGCUUUUUGUGGAGGACGUGGUGAAGAAGCAUCAAAGGAACAGAGAUCUGGCCAUGUUUCGGUGGUUGUGGUGGGAGGCACGGGGGAUCUGGCGAGAAAAUACCUGUGGCAGGGGUUCUUCCAGCUGUAUGAGAACCAGGUCGGCAGAGGAAACUCCUUCUCCUUCUACGGUGGAGGACUGUCACCUGCUGAGAAGGCCACGCCAGUCUUCUUUGAGAUCAUGAAGGCGGUCAACUGCUCGAUGGGCGUGUCGCAGGAACUCUGUGCCAUCCUGAAAGAGCAGUUCCUGCGGCUCUCGCAGUAUCGGCAGCUGAAAACCACAGAGGACUACCAGGACUUGGCCAGGCACAUAGAGGAGCAGCUUCACCAGGAGGGAAUGACGGAAGCAGGGAGGCUCUUUUACCUCUCAGUUCCUGCUUUUGCAUAUGCGGACAUUGCUGAGAAGAUCAACAGCACUUGCAGACCGACCGGUGGGCCGUGGCUGAGAGUUGUGCUUGAAAAACCGUUUGGACAUGACUACAGGAGUGCCCAAGUGCUGGCAACUCAACUGAGGAACUCCCUGAACGAGGAGGAAAUGUACAGGAUUGACCACUACCUGGGAAAGCAGGUUGUGUCAAAGAUCCUUCCAUUCAGGAGAGAGAACAGAAAACACUUGGAUCCCAUCUGGAACAGGCACCACAUCCAAAGAAUAGAGAUUGUUUUGAAAGAAACGCUGGAUGUUAAAGGUCGUAUUGCCUUCUACAAUGAGUACGGUGUGAUCAGAGAUGUUCUACAGAAUCACCUGACUGAGGUCAUGACCCUGCUGACAAUGAAGCUACCUGCAAAUGUGAGCAACAGUGAAGAAGUUCAUAGAAACAAGCUGCAGCUCCUCAGCUCCAUGCUGCCUUUAGGAAAGAACCAAGCUGUGGUUGGACAGUACCAAGCCUACCAAACCGAGGUGCAACAGGAGCUUAAUAAAACCAACCACGCCAGCCUGACACCAACAUUUGCAGCGGUUCUGGCCCACGUCGACGAGGCCCGGUAUGAAGGUGUGCCUAUUCUUUUGAUCUCAGGGAAGAUGUUAGACGAACGAGUGGGAUACGCUCGCAUACUUUUUAAGAACGAUGUCUUUUGUCUUCAAAACCACAACACUGUCCACUGCAAACCCAAACAGAUAGUUUUCUACUUUGGCCAUGGUAGUCUUCAGUACCCAGCAGUUCUUGUGAGUAAGAACUUGUUCCAGCCAGCAGUGACGGACCAGGGGUGGAAGGAAGUGACUGAGCACAAUGAUGUCAGCGUUUUAGGUUUGCAGAGUUCAGACUACUAUGUUCAAACUCCGGUAAAGCAGAAGGAAGCCUAUGCAGAACUCAUCUCUCACAUCUUUGCUGGACGAAAGAAUAACUUCAUCAGUACGGAGAACCUGCUGGCCUCCUGGGUUUUAUGGACACCGCUCCUCAGCAGCCUGACCAGCUCCUUUCCCCGGAUCUAUCCUGGCGGCGUGGACAACGGAGACAUGCUGGACGUCCAUCUGAAGGGGAAAGAAAUCCUCUUCAGCAGUGAGGUGGUGAUUAUCAGCCCCGAUCAGGUCGGAGGUAAUACGGUGAACGGUUUUCAGGUGAUGCAGGGCAAAUUUCGCAAUUCUGACAUGGUGUCUGCCUGGAGCGAGGAGCUGGUAGAGAGGCUAGCUGCGGACAUGCAGGAAGCAGCAGAGGCGGCGGUGAACGAGGGCGGCGUUUUCCACCUGGCCCUCUCCGGAGGUUCAACUCCUCUGGCUCUGUUCCAUCGUCUGGCUCUGCACCACUUCUCCUUCCCCUGGAGGGACACCCACUUGUGGAUGGUGGACGAGCGCUGCGUGCCACAGACGGAACUGGAAUCCAACUUCUACACUCUGCACCAACACCUCCUGCAGCACGUCAGGAUACCCUACUACAACAUCCACCCCAUGCCGGUGCAGCUCAACGAGCGCCUCUGUGUGGAGGAGGACGGAGGAGCGCUGCUGUACGAGAACGAGCUCAACAAAUUGGUGAACGGCUCCAGCUUUCACUUCGUGCUGCUGGGAGUCGGACACGACGGACACACGGCCUCUCUGUUCCCCGGCAGCAAACCGGAGGAAUUUGGGGAGAGUCUGGUGGUGCUCACAGAGAGCCCCGCCAAGCCUCAUCAGCGCAUGAGUCUGACGUUCAGCGCCAUUAACCGAGCACGUAGGGUGGCGCUGUUAGUGAUGGGUAAAGGCAAACACGAGCUGAUCACCCAGCUGAGCCGAGUGAAGGACAAGUCGGACAAAUACCCCGUCAUCGGAGUGAAACCUGCCAAUGGCAGGCUCGUUUGGUAUAUCGACUAUGAUGCCCUUUUAGGAUAGCGCGUGUGUGUGUAGUGGUGGGGGGUUAUAUAUUUACGGUUUCAAUCAGACCUUAUAGCUGCUUUGGAUCACUGGAUGGUGAAAAACAAUGUGAACCAGUGCAGAAAAGACCAGUUUUGAAUGUUUUAACCUAAUGACUACAAAUCAGUUCCACUUUAUUUUAUUUCUCUUCUUUAAGAUCAUUUUUAUUUUAUUCCUUUUAGGUUGAAUUUAAUUUAUUCAGCUAAAUCAUUAAAGAAGGUCACAUCAGAACCUAUACCCAUUUAUUCAGAGUGUUAAUGAUUUGUAGUUCAUAGAUUAAAACUAUCUUGAAUAUUUUACAUGAAUGCAGAUCGUUUUUAAAAUAAUAAGUGUAGUGAGUGUGAGAUGAGUGAAGCAUAAACAGGUGCUGGUCAUAUAAUUAGAAUAUCUUAACAAAGUUGAUGUAUUUCAGUAAUUCCGUUCAAAAAGUGAAACUUGUAUGUUAGAUUCAUUCAUUACACACAGACUGAUAUAUUUGAAAUGCAUAUUUCUUUAAUUUUGAUGAUUAUAACUGACAACUAAUGAAAAUCCCAAAUUCAGUAUCUCAGAAUAUUAGAUUAUCAAUUAAGACCAAUGCAAAUAAGGAAUUUUUGAAAACUGAAAAGUAUGAGCAUGCACAGCACUCAGUAUUAAGUUGGGGAUCCUUUGGCCUGGAUUACUGCAGCAAUGCAGCGUGGCAUGGAGUCUAUCAGUCUGUGGUUCUGCUCUGGAGUUAUGAGAGCCCAUGGUGCUCUGAUUGUGGCCUUCAGCUCUUCAGAGUUGUUGGGUCUGGCCAUUGCAUCAUCCUUGCCUAUUACAUCUUACUUUUUAAAUCUUUUUUUGUCUUUUGAAUUUUUUUGUUCUUGUGAAGCACCUCGUGAUUUUUAUCUUGAGAGGUGCUAUAUAAAAGAUAAUUUUAUUUCUUUCCUCUUCACAAUACCCUGUAGAUUUUUUAUAGGAUUAAGCUCUGGCCAAUCAAGAACAGGCAUACUAUGGUCCUUAAAGCAAGUACUGGUAGCUUUGGCUCCGUGUGCAGGUGCCAAGUCCUAAUUAAACCUGCAUCUCCAUAAAUUUGGUCAGCAGCAGGAAGCAUUAAGUGCUCUAGAACUUCCUGGUAGAUGGCUGCGUUGACCUUUGACCUCAGAGAACACAAUGGACCAACACCAGCAGAUGACAUGACGCCCCAAACCAUCACUGACUGGAAACUUUACAAUGGAUCUCAAGCAACAUGGAUUCUGUGCCUCUCCUCUCUUCCUCCAGACUCUGGGACCUUGAUUUCCAAAGAAAAUGCAAAAAUUACUUUUAUCAGAGAUCAUAACUUUGGACCAUUCAGCAGCAGCACAGUCCUUUUUGUCUGUAACCCAGGCGAGACACUUCUGACGCUGCCUCUUGUUCAAGAGUGGCCUGACACAAGGAAUGCAACAGCUGAAACCAGGUCUUGCAUAUGUCUGUGCGUGGUGGUUCUUGAAGCACAAACUCUAGCUGCAGUCCAGUCUUUGUGGGGACAGCAGGAGCUCAGGAGGUAGGUUGCUGGUUGUCCAGUAAUCAGAAGGUUGCAGGUUCUAUCCCAGCCACAACCAGAGAAUGCUGCUGUUGCGUCUUUGGGGAAGACACUUAAACCUGCCUUACCUGCUGGUGGUGGUCAGAGGGACCGGUGGUACCCGUGCUCAGCAGGCCUCGCUUCUGCCAGUGCGUCCCAGGGCAGCUGUAACUACAUUGUAGCUUAUCACCACCAGUGGUUUUUGCUGUACAAAUACAGGCCAUUUACUUUGUGAAUCUCGCUUUGUCCCUCUAUUAAAAUCGCUUGGACUCAGAGCCCUAUGAACAGCCAGCCUCUUUAGCAAUGACCUGCUGUGUCUUGUCCUCCUUGUGCAAGGUGUCGAUGGUCGUCUUUUGGACAACUCAAGUCAGCAGCUUUCUCCAUGGCUGUGUAGCCUACAAAGCUAGACGGAGACCAUUUAAUGGUUUUUGCUGGUGUUUUGAGUUAAUAAGCUGAUUAGAGUGUGGCACCAGGGCUCACCUUUUCACAAUAUUCUAAAAUACUGAAUUUGGGAUUUUCAUUAAUAGUUAUAAUCAAAAGAAAUAAACAUUUGAAAUGUAUCAGUCUGUGUGUAAUGAAUGAAUCUAAUAUACAAGUUUCACUUUUUGAAUGGAACUACUGAAAUACAUCAGCGUUGUCCUGAUAUUCUAAUUUUAUGACCAGCACUUGCAUAUGAAGCUGACACGUCUGCAGUUUACAAAAUUUGCAGCGUUUUUUCAUUGAACCUGGUUCUAAAGGCCAGUUCCAACAAACAUAGGAUGUUUGUUUAUAUGAAUGACUUCUCAGGUUUAAUUACAGAUGCAGUUAUGUAUAAUCAGAAAUGGAUGGGUUGGUGUCUUCACAGCAGUGACAGAAACAUUAUUCUGUUAGCUGAGAAGGACCAAAGGUGCUCCAGAAAUGGAUAUUUUACUAAAAAUAAGAAAAAUGUACAUGGUUUUUUUUUAUUUAAAAAAAACCAAAUCAGUGACUUUAUACAGCGAUGAUCCUUUAAGAACAUUUAAUAAAUGCAACCUGAAGGCUUUUUAAAAUUUAUCAAUUUAAAUCAGAGGCGAAAUGGCCAAAUAUCAGAGAGUAAGAUUCCAAAGCUUGCCAUCUGAAGCUAACGUCUACUUUGGCUGAAUCCUCUAUGCUGAAACAGACACACCGGAGUUAAAAUCUUAAAUUUAAAGUGUGCCACUUAUCAAACUGAGGUUUUUUACUUUAAAGUCUCAUGUCAUGUAAAGUCUCAUGUCAUGUAUUAAAGCUACCACGUUUAUUUGUGUACGUUUUAAAAAUACAGCUAAAGAAUGAUCAGAAAUGAAGAAAUGCACAUUAGCUAAAUAGUUUUUUUUUAAUUAUUAUAAAUUUAGUUUGUUUCUUUUGUUCUAAAAGGCAAUAAAUUACACUUGAGGUUUUGCCUUUGCUCUC